AUCAAAGCUGAAACCUUUGAAAGUUGAAAUAGAAACUGGAAUCAUGGAUGUGUCAAGUGACAUUGGGCAAAUAUCUCAAAUAUGCAGUGACAUAAGUAUUUGCAACUCAAGUUUUGAGGAAGCACUUAAAAACAGUAAACCAAAGAAAUAUGCAUUAAAAAAAAACAAUAGUUUACUCCUCAGAAAAGCUCUGAGGGACGUACCACUAUCUAUGUCAAAAAGGAAAAGAUGUCGAAAUUAUUGCCUCCAACAUAUUAGUGAAGAAAUGAUGAAAAAUAUGCGAUACAAAUUCUGGACAAAGCAGUUUGAACAAAGAGUAGAGUGGUUUAUUGACAAGAUCUCAGAGAGCAAGAAAAAUCAAAACUCCAUUUGUUUCCAGAUUGAAAGUGGAAAAACAGUUUGUGGUUCAUGUUUUCGGUUUCUUUUGAGAAUGAACCGAAAUUUUUACUACACUUAUCUUAGAAUGGCAAAUGAUGGAAAAACUGCUGCUGGGUAUCGGAAUACAAGAGGUUGUGGAAUGGCAAAAGAGGGUGCUAUAGUUUGGCUCCAGAAUUACCAAUUUUUUCAUGCUGACAGAAUGCCAGACAAUGGGGACAUGAUGCUACCAUUCAAGACUAAAAAAAGAGACAUUUACAACAUGUAUGUGGAGGAAAAAAUUGAAUGCUUGGAAAGAUCUGUAAUUGAUGCACUCACAGUCAGUCAGUCUGCAUUUUAUGACAUUUGGAAAAAUGAGUUUCCCCAUUUAAAGAUAAAACAAACCAACUCAUUUUCCAAGUGUUCUACCUGUGUACACAUUGAAAGGGAGCUGGAAAAAACACGUGACCUUUCUAAGAGAACAAAGUUGAAACAAAUGAUGCGUGUCCACAACCAGAGGCAAAUGACAGAAAGACGAUAUUACUACAGAAAAAGAGAUAUUGCAAAAAAUUAUCCUCAGAAGCACAUGAGCAUCAUUAUUGAUGGCAUGGAUCAAAGUAAAACAAAUUUGCCACAUUUCACUGGAAGACUUAUGAAGGGAGUAGAUCCAAACAGCUUUUUGAAAACCCAUGUACAAGGAGUACUAAACCACGGGAUGGGAACAUUCGAUGUUUAUGUUGACAUCAAUGAAUACUGUCAUGACUCCAACUUGGUGAUGAAUGUUAUUUUAAAGACAAUUCACAAUUCCAUUUCAAAGGAUGGAUAUCUGCCACAGAGGCUGUACAUCCAAGCGGAUAAUUGUGCAAGAGAAAAUAAAAACAGAUUCGUUCUAGGGUUUUGUGAAUUGCUGGUUAGACUAUCAAUAUUUCAUGAGGUGCAUUUGUCCUUCCUCCAUGUUGGACACACCCAUGAAGAUAUUGAUGCGGCAUUUUCACAGUUAGCCAUGCGACUAAGAAGAUGUGAAGCGGAGACAAUGCCAAAACUCUUAAAUAUCUUGAAUGGAGCUAAACAAUUAAGAGGUCUUUUUGAUAUAAAAUCAUGGCUACAACCACAUUUACGUGUAAUUAAGCAUCAUUCAAAACCGCUUCAUUUUAAAUUCAGUAAAAAUGAGACCCAAAAUAUCACAAUGCAGUACAGGACCAACAGCAAUAAGACAUGGAAGACAACCGAAGAAGAAGGAAUAUUGAAUGGCAUUCCACCUGGAGAACCUCAUAUUUUACUACCAAGCAAUUUUCACAAAAUAGACAUACCAAACAUCAGAAACAACAUUCAGAAACAUCAAUACAACAUGUCAGAUGAAGGACAGUUUAGGUGGUGGAUAUCCUACUUAGAAUAUCUACAGGUAGUCAAAGAUGAUGAACAUUCCCUAAAGGACUAUGCCCUUGACGGAGCAAUUUGGUUGUUGCCACAACUAGAAGGCAGGCAAAGAAAAUCUGAAGAGGUUUUAGUAGAGAUCAACAGCCAUCUUCUUGAAAUGCUGGAUAAGGAAUUAGACGAAUACGAGGUUAUCGUGUCAAAGGGGAAAAAAGAGGACAAGAAAAAAAAGAUUGCGAGGAAAAGAAGAUCUGACAGGAAAGAUAAAGACAGUUCUUGAAUAUCAUAGCUGUAUACGUGAAGCUUAAAAAUUGAGUAUGGAGAGUUUUUGCCAAUGACCUUGGACUUAUAUAAAAUCAUUCUUCGACCACAAAACCAUUUUGUAUGCAUAUAAAGAUAGAAGAUUGAUACCCCAAGUGCAUUGCUUUGUACAAAUUCAUACUCAAAUGUAAAUAACUUAGAGAUGAAGGAUUAAUACCCCAAGUGUAUUGCGUUGUACAAAUUCAUACUCAAAUGUACAUUACUUAGAGAUGGAGGAUUAAUACCCCAAGUGUAUUGCGUUGUACAAAUUCAUACUCAAAUGUACAUUCCUUUGUACAAAUUCAUAGUCAAAUGAACAUUACUUAGAAGGGAGGAUUAAUACCCCAAGUGUAUUGCGUUGUACAAAUUCAUACUCAAAUGUACAUUCCUUAAAAAUAGAGGAUUAAUACCCCGAUAGUACCGGGUAUUGCUUUUCACAAAUACAUACUGAAUUGUACAUUACUUAGAGUUGGAGGAUGAAUACCCCAAAUGUAUUGCUUUGUACAAAUUCAUACUCAAAUGUAUAUUACUUAGAGAUGGAGGAUUAUUACCCCAAGUGUAUUGCUUUGUAAAAAUUUAUACUCAAAUGAACAUUACUUAGAGAUGGAGGAUUAAUACCCCAAGUGUAUUGCGUUGUACAAAUUCAUACUCAAAUGUACAUUCCUUAAAAAUAGAGGAUUAAUACCCCGAGAGUAUUGCUUUUCACAAAUACAUACUGAAUUGUACAUUUCUGAGAGUUGGAAGUUUUAUUCCCCAAGUGUAUUGCUUUGUACAAAUUCAUACUCAAAUGUACAUAACUUAUAGAUGGAGGAUUAAUAACCCCAAGUGUAUUGCUUUGUACAAAUUCAUACUCAAAUGUACAUUACUUAGAGUUGGAGGAUUAAUACCCCAAGUGUAUUGCGUUGUACAAAUUCAUACUGAAAUGUACAUAUCAUAUAGAUGGAAGAUUAAUACCCCAAGUGUAUUGCUUUGUACAAAUUCAUACUCAAAUAUACAAUCUUCGAGAUGGAGGAUUAAUACCCCAACUGUAUUGCUUUGUACAAAUUCAUUCUCAAAUAUACAAUCUUCGAGAUGGAGGAUUAAUACCCCAAGUGUAUUGCUUUGUACAAAUUCAUACUCAAAUGUACAUUACUUAGAGUUGGAGGAUUAAUACCCCAAGUGUUUAGCUUUGUACGAAUGCAUACUAAAAUGUGCAUUACUAAACAAUGGGGGAUUUUAAAAUACCUCAAGUGUAUUGCUUUGUACAAAAUUAUAGACAAAAGUACGUCACUUAAAGAUGGGAAAUUAUUAUCCCAAGUGUAUAACUUUGUUCAAAUACAUACUCAAAUGUGCAUUAUUUUAAGAUGGGGGAUUAAUACCCCAAGUGUAUUGCUUUGUUUAAACACAUACUCAAAUGUGCAUUAUUCAAAGAUGGGGGAUUAAUACCCCAAGUACAUUGCUUUGUUCAAAACACAUACUCUAAAAAGCAUUAGUUUAAGAUGGAGGAUUAAUACCCCAAGUGUAUAGCUUUAUUCAAACACAUACUGAAAUGUGCAUUAUUCAAAGAUGGGGGAUUAAUACCCCAAGUGCAUUGCUUUGUUCAAACAAAUAUUCAAAUGUGUAUCAUUCAAAGAUGGGGGAUUAAUACCCCAAGUGUAUAGCUUACUCUAAUGUACUUUAUUUAAAGAUGGGCGAUUAAUACCGCAAGUGCAUUGCUUAGUUCUAAUACAUACUUUAAUGUUCAUUUUUUUUAAAGAUGGGGGAUUAAUACCCCAAGUGUAUUGCUUUGUUUAAACACAUACUCAAAUGUGCAUUAUUCAAAGAUGGGGGAUUAAUACCCCAAGUGUAUUUCUCUGUGUAAAUACAUUACUUAAAUGUGAAUGACUUAAAGGUGGAGGAUUAAUAACCCAAGUAUCAUUGGACUUAACAUGAGUAUAGUGCCUAU